AUGAGGGAGUACCCAAUACUUACGAUACCAAGUGGACAGUUUACAGUUAUCGAUGGUUUUCUUAUAAGUUUGGACAACCGAACAGCCAACGACAUUUCCUCAGAAUCAGCAAAGGAGCUGCUAACUCCCGGAAGUUGGUAUAUUCUCAAAAACUCCUACAAUCCAAUAUCCUUGACAGUUUUACAAUUAAUGAGCUCCAAUUACAUGUUUACCAACCAUCCACUCUUAUUAUUUGUCUUAAGACCAACUGUCUAUGUCAGGUUUGUUAGAAAGAAUAAUAAAUACCAUUGUGUGAAAACAAAUAAAGCACAUGGAACUCAUAAAGCUUUUGCACUAGACUGCGAAAGAACAGAUGAACCAAAGACGAAAUUUAUUGUAUUUACUCAUCCCUUACAGAAUACAGUCGGUUCUUUCAGUAAGAUAUACACACAACAGAUGAAUGAAAAGUUACGAAUUCUUCAAACCUUUGAAUCCAUACAUGAUACGAAAGUAAGCAAUCUCACUUUGAAGAAUCUGAAAGGAUUUGAUCUUCCUGAUAUCAUGUUUAUUCCAGAAGAAAUAAUGCUAAAUAUAAAGCUCCCGAUAACUCGAGCCAAAAUAGAACAAUUAAAAAUUAAAGAAGAAUCAUCCAAAAUGAAACAGAUAGAAAAGUUAGAGGAGAGCCUAUAUAAUAUUAGUCUAGAAAAGAACAUUUGGAGAUUAAACAAGAUGAAAGAGUAUUUAGAGGGUGAUAAGAUGAUGAAUGGUGGCAGAAUUUUAGGUUUCGAAGUGGUGUUUAACAAAUGUAAAAUCCAACUGGUAAAGAAUCUCAAACUUAUUAGCAAGUACGUAUAUCCUCGUCUUAUAAAGCAGUGGUUUAAGGAAUCUCAGGAGCUUACAUAUCUAGUUGUUGCCAUUUCAGAGCGCUACACAGUUGUCGAUAAAUAUGUGGUGGACACACAGGAGAGAAAGCUUAUAGAUCCCGAAGUUUUACGACGCUCAGGUACAGAUGAAGAAAAGGAUCAGCUUUCGAACUACACUCUCCUGGAUUGGAAUGUUUUGAAGUUAAGUAAGUACCCGUAUGGCUCUGAUGCAGAAGAGUUGUUUGAUAUUUUGAAUGCACCAUCAGAGGAUUUCUAUGAGGAUAUUAAGGGUAACAUAUCCACGAACAGGGAAAUGCUGGACCAGAAAGGUAAGAUAAAAACAGUGCCGCACCGUUCGGUAUCUAUUUAUUUUGAGGAGUUUGGAUGGAAGCAUAUCUACGAAAGGAUGGAGCCAGCACUGGUGCGGGAGCCAGUAAUUAAAGAGAACUUUUUAGCUGAAUUGAUUGAAAGUAAUGGUGAAACCACUGUGGCAAAUGACGAAUAUUUUAGUUUCCUUAAGGAUCUCGUUAGAUUAGUUGGCUACGAGCAGCAAAAGUCUUAUUACACCAAGAAUUUUACCGAGAUGAAGGAGUUGUAUAUAGAAAUGGAGAGGAAAGAACGUAUUUAG